GAACGACUGAAUGAACAUCUACUAAUGGAUGGAGGCAUGUGUUCUGUUGGUUAAUUAGUGAGAAUCUUUCAGGCUUCAUUAUUAUCCACCCACUGAUAAUGCCCCGUGUUAUGUUUUACAGCCAGUUCUCUUUUUUUUUUUUCUCUCACACCCCUCUUUGAUUCAAUGCCACUUACCGGUAUACAUUUCUAAGUGGCUCUAUCAGCUGCCUUAUAAACAGCCCUCUCGCUCUUUUCUCUCUUUGCAAAUGUAACUCCCAUGCUCUUAAUGUCAUUAACAGGUGCUUGUCCAAAAUAGAAGCUUUGCCAAUACACACACACACAAACAUCCAUGGAUCAGCUGACAUGCACAUGAUAUACUUUCCCACAGACAUGCAAAACUCACACUGACACACACUCAUACACUACAUAGUCUCUACAACUUGAUUUCAUUAGCCCCAGUUUUCUCCACCCUCCUUUUUUCUGUCCCUCUCUCUUUUCUUUCUCUCUCGCUCUACGUCCCUCCUUCUCCUCUCUCAGCUGAGUUUCAUCUAUCUAGUCAUCAGAUCUUCACUCACACAGAACAGGUUCAUCAAAAAGAGGAAUGUGUCAUCUUUUCACCGCUCUAUAAGGCCUCAAUCCAGUGUCUCUCAUCAAGUCUUUCUUUUCAUCUAGCCAUUAUUCCUGUCUAGUUUCUUAUCAAACCUUCUGUCUUUUGAAGACGUCAGUUAACUCCCACUCUGCGCUCUUCAGAAAUGACCCCCUGUCACAUGAAUUUCUUGCACGCUGGAUUCCUUUUAAAUCACAGAACAUUGUAAUUCACUAUCAUUUCCUCUUCCUUUUUGUGCUUUCUAUUAAUACACCUCUCUGCAUACUCAUUAUCCAUCCGUCCGCCUAACUCCAGACGAAUCUCUCUAGUCUCCUGAUUUUUGCUUUAGUUAUUUGAUUGUCUCCUUUCUUGACUUUGCCUCUGGGAGUUUCUCCACGCAUUGUUGCUGCCAUGUGGUCCAACUUAUUUUUGCAGCAGGAUGACGACGGGAGAGUGGGUACGGCGGCUUUGGGUGGAGUUGGCAGUAAGAGCGGGCGUUCAGGUAAACGGUCAAGGCCCCCUCGAAUGAGUGACAGCCAAGAAGGCAAGAUCAAGCUGGCAUUUUUCCUCACUCUCAUUGGUGUGACUCUGACGGUGCUUGGCAUGGGCACAGAGUUCUGGGUGGAGCUAUCCCAGCCAAAACACUUAAGGAACAACCAGACAUGUGAGAUGGCACAUUACGGCCUUUGGAAAUCAUGUGUUCGCACGCUAUGGGUGUCAGAUAUUGACCCAGAGAGAGAGAGCUGUGGACCUGCAGAACUGCAUGGAGAAUCAAACUGCACAUUCUUUAAAUUCUACACUUCUGGAGAGAAUGCUAUCAUAUUUAAGAAAACGACAGAAAAAAGUUUGCAUAUAGCAGGUGCAAUGUUGGCUUUGUUGAGUUUGUUUCUGAUGAUCAUGGGCUCUGUGUGCAUCACCAUGUCUCUCAGUAAGAGUGUGCCCUUCUUCCUCAAGCCUGCUACCAUCUGCUUCGUCUUCUCAGGUAUCCUGGUCCUACUGUCCAUCAUAGUUUUCCACCAGUCUGUGCUGGCAUUAUUGGCAAGUGAUCACAAUAUCCCUCUCCAUCACGAGUUGUCCUGGUCAGUGGCGUGUCUUGGCUCGGCUGGGGCCAUUCUCAUUUUUGGAGGGCUUAUGUUCCUGUUGCUUUCCCUCCCCUACAACCCCCUGGAGAAAUGUUUUCGUCAGCAGAGCAGUAGUGAUGCCUAGCUGUCAGAGGACUGCCAGCGAGUUAAGUAGCACAAAAUCUUUUAUACUCUUAUGCUGCUUGUGGAGAUUAACUAAUGUUAUAAAGGACUAUCAAAAGCUAAUGUUUUGCAAUAAAUAGCAUUAGUUUGCUCAUUGAUAAGAUUAUAUAACUUAAUGCUCAUACACUGACUCUGAAAUUUGAACUGAUAUUUCUAUGAUGGUUAUGUACAUAAAAUCAGUGACCAACA